GAAGAGAUUGCAAGCAAAAUUAAUGACCUGGACAAAUGGAGAUCAAUAUUCAGCUCCCAAGGGUUGGAAGUCAGCAAAGCGAUGAUACAGUAUUGCAUUUUACAUGGUAAAAGAAAAAUGGUCUUCAAUAUGACAUAUGACACAAGCGCAUUCAAUUAGACUCAAUGGAAAUCAACAGCACAGAAUAUCUGCAACUGAUUAUAAAGAAAUAUCACUUGAAUCCAAGAAGUAACAUCAUAAUAUUUCACUUUGUUCGCAAUGAUGCCUUUUUCAAAUGGCCUGACUGCAAAAAAAUCUAACCUGUUUUUAGUUAUGUUAUCUGAAAACAAAACAAAUAUAGCCUGUUUUAAACAAGUUCUGAUUUUUUAUUUACUUUAUUUUCAUUGAUUUUAAUAUUUUGUAGACAGAAAAUUCCAAUCAUACAUAGAAUGUUGGAUAAAAUAAAGGUACAGCAAAAGCUAGAGUAUAAAGAAAAAAGAAAAAGGUAACAAUGAUGAUCAACACUGUGCACUCUAGGUCACAAAAUGCCUCCUUAUAUGAUUGUUCAAUACCAGACAGGGCCCUACCCAUAGCAUUGUAUAUGAGAAAUAUUCUCUCUGUUGAGUAUCCAAGUGUCCCACAUUCCCAUAUUUUUUUAAUGCCCGAUGGUGCUUUUCAACCUAGCACAUUUCAGCCAGCUGAAACAAGCAGGGUGUUCCCCCCCCCCCCCCAAUUUCCUAGUAAGCAUUAUUGGGCUGACAAGUACCAGUGUGCCACUUGCCAUAAAUCUAGGCUGGAGAGGUCAAAGCUUUAACCAUAACAUUAAACCACAUAUGCCAGUCCAUCAGGGCAAGUUAUAUGAAACCUGUGGUUCUGUAGUUGAUUUUCAGGAAACUCUGAGAGAUGUAGUGUAGUCACUGCUAAGGGCAGAUCCCUUGCAUAUGCUUAUCUGUUGGAAAUAAGAGAACAAGUAUGUAACGGUAACUGAGAAUGGCAACGGAGGCAGUAUCUUGGAAGACGUAGGCAGAGAGGCGGCACUUAAAGUGUCAAUCAUCAGAUGCCCUCCGUCGCUAGCUUCUAUCAUUACAUUAACAACUACCUAUUAUGAAUGUUUGUGUGCUGCCAAGGAAAGACAAUCCAAAAUUGAGUUACAUUGAAUUACUGCAAGAAGACUUUCAGAAGAAACCAACAAAGACCCAAGAGAAUCUGAAAGCAGAUGAAGAAAGUGAAGACAAGUCGGAGACUUUGAGCAUCAAGAAGCAUGGAUACUUUCCAUCCAACAUUUUGUAUUCAAUCCCAAAAGAGUUUAUUGUGGCAGCAGACCUCGGUGGCCAACCUAUCUCAAUAGAAAUGGCAGUGGAGUUAAAAAAGAUUCUUUUUGGAAACACAUUUUAUACGUUCAACUAUGAAUGGAAAAAGUCGUUCUUUAAAUUCUGCAAUCCAUUUACAAAUAUGGCUUAUUCACUGGAAGCAGAAAAAACUGGGACAAGAGCAAUACAGAUGGCUGUGCAGGGCCAUAUCAUUAAGUACCUUCUGUUUACAAAGAAUGGAGAUGAACACAGCUCUCUUCAAAACUUACAGGAACUUAGCCAAAAACAGCAAGAGAAGGCUCUGGCGGCAGCUUUAGCAGAUAUACUUUGGACAGCAGGCGAGAGGAAUAAAGCAACAAUCUGCCUCAUCACAAAUGAUCCCUAUUUCACACAGGGUCCUGACUACAAAGCAGAUAAUUUUACUGAAAGGCUCCAGCUUUUUGAAUUUGUGGACAAAGAAAUUCUUGAGAAGUUUCUCUGUGCCCACAUAUACUGCUUCAAAAAUGAUGGGUGCCAUGGAGUGAUACUGUUUCUGUACAGUUUGUUAUUCUCUAGGACACUUCUAAGGCUUCAGGAUGACCUGGAUAUCACUACAACACAUUUGUUGCAAUUCAGUCUUGGAAACUUCUCAGCCAGACAGGCUUUAAUUAACUUGAUGCUGACAGGAAGAGCAAGCCCUCAGGUGUUCAAUGGAGAUCAGGUAUCGGAUGAAGGGAACACAGAACAUCAGGCACGGCACGGAGUCCUUGUGCGCAGUGAUGUGGGUUUCUUGCACUGGAGCAGAGAGGAAAUGCAACAGGACAGACUCCCACGGGUUGGAAGUAUGCUGAAAACACCCAAAUUUCCCAUUUGGCUAUGUAACAUUAAUGGAACAUACAGUGUUCUUUUUGGCACAAACAUGUCUCUCUUAUGUGACUGGAAAAUGGAACAUUUCUUCGAUCUCUAUUUCUACAAUGGGCAGCUUUCUCAGAGCAAAACAGUGCAUCUGACUAUUGAUACUCACUCGCAUCAUUGGGAGGAGCAGUCCAAAGCAGAUGAAGGGGAUAUAGAAAAGAGAUUCCCUUCUGUGGAGAUGACAGUCAGGACUAAAUGGGAUGGAGCAGCAAUUAACUGGCAUGGGACAGUUCCAUUCUAUUGAGAGAAAUCAGUUUACAGUGCAAAACUCCAAACGUUUGCCUUUACAGUAUUUUUGUCACAGUGCAUAUGUUUUCUAUUACCAUGCACUACAGGCCAAAGCCGAUUAUAUGGUAUAAGGCUGUUGUACAAUUUCCCAUAAACAAAACUCCUAAGUUAAGAAAAAAAUGGACUAAACUUGGGAAUGGUUUAUAUGCAAAAUCGUACAGCAGGCUUAUCAAGAAGAAGACACAGAAACAAAAUAGAAGCAAACAUAAUUUGGGGGUAUUAACUGCACAUUAAUAUUUCACUUCUGACACCUAUACAAGAACAUUUAGACUUCAGUAAUUAUUAUUUGCUAUUUUAGGAAGGGUUACAGCAAAAUCAGGAUUUUGAAUCAAUGCCCACCUUGGGUGAGAGAUGUUGUGCUAAUGCAAUCAUUUGAACCUAGGGCGGAAAGGGAUACAAAAAGUCUGAGCCAGAUGUCGCUAGGGUAGGCUUAAUUUUUCUGUCGGAUCAAGGACCAUAUCAGCUCACUGCUGCAGUCCAUGAUCAAACAGAAAAAUCAAGCCUGAUAUCAGUCGGCGAGGCCUGUUGCAGAGCCCCAGACACAGGCAGACAACCUGCUGAAUUGGUCUGAAGAAAUUGUCAGCUUGUAUCUGCCUGUGUAUGGCAGAUUGUGAAUUGGCAGCUUGUAUCUGCUCAAAGUCACUGGCCUUUAAUGGACAAUUCACAAUAUGUCUAAACACUUACAUUAUGAAUUUGGUGCAUCCCUGGGCUUUAUUUCUAUUUUGAUGCCCUAUAAGAUUCUCAAACAAACACAUAUAUAGAAAAACAUUCACAGUUUAUCACCAACAUGAAUUUCAGUACUAUGGGGCAGAUUCUUUCAUAUAUUCUUGUGUGAGCCAUUGCCAGCAACUGAUAUUUUUCCAAAUAUAUUAACAUUUUCUUAACAAGAAGCACUGUCUGAUACUGUUACUCAAUUAUUUUCUUCCUGAAAUCUAACUGAAAUGCUGUGGACAGUGUAAAGUGCUUUCAUUUUUAAAAUCUAACAUCAAUUGAAUGUGUUUUUACAGAUGUUAUUGGUAAUACAUAAUGUACUUUAAGUAAUGCUUGGUGGGUCUGUAUUUACAUUAUUAACCAUACAUACAGGCAGAGAAACCACUGUCUUUAAUGAAUACAAAGUAAUGUAAAGAUUUGA